UGUUAACGACGCCAUCUUUAAAUAUUAAUUUUUCUGUUUGUUUGUCUUGUCUUGAAAAUUGUUAUUCAAUUUGAUCGGAAAAUGUUUCAAUCAAUGUUUUUAACGAAAAAAUCCAAAUUUUUCUUCUUCAUUAAUUUUCAAAUUAUAAUCAAUUUGAUCAUCAACAAUAUCGUGGUUAUUGCGGUUAAUCAACAAAUAAAUUCCAAUUCAAAUAAUAAUAUUCGUUGUGAUCGUUUUGAUGAUAUGUUUAAUGAUUUUACAAUGGUUUCAUCAAAUCGACGACAAUUUCCAACAACAUCCGAUGAAUUUAUUAAAUAUUGCAAAAAAAAUAUUGAUCUUGCCAAUCAAUUAUCACAAUCGAUAAAAAAAUGUUUGGAUGAUAAUUCAAUGCGUAAUAUUGCAUCAUUAGUUUUAUAUUCAUAUCGUUCACGUACAAAAUCAUUAUGUAAAAAUCGUAAUAGUAAACGUGCACGUGAAUAUAUUAAUGCUGCACCAUGUUUAAAUCAAUAUAAACAACGUUUAUCAAAAUGUAUUGAUAUAACGGCAAAUAAAAUUGGUGCCAUACAAUCGAGACCAAAUAAUCUAAAAUUUCCACAUCUUUGUUGUGAAAACUUACAAUUUCAACGUUGCAUCGAUAAAAUAUCGGCCGGUGAUUGUAAACAAAAAAUAACCGUAUUUGCCGAAUCAGCACAAUCAAUAAUGAAUGGUUUUAUUGAUCGUAGUUGUGGUGAAUAUAAUUCCGAUACUGAUCGUUGUGAUCAAUUAGAUCCAAUUAAUAUUGGUGAUUGGAAAAAUAAAUCAACAAAACCAAGUUUUAUACGUAAUGUUGCCGAAUUAAUUUCAUCAAUUGAAUGAAUAAUGGAAAAUCGAAACCAUUCUUUUCUUUUUCGAAAUUAUCUCCGAAUUAUUAUUACACCAUAAUGUAUAUUUAUAACCAAU